AUGUCUUCUGUCACUAUCAUCCACAGCAUCGCCGUAACUGCCCUCUUAAUCAUCAUCGCGUUCGCCAUCCUCAAAGGUAUCUAUAACGUCUUCUUCCACCCCCUCAGCGCAAUCCCCGGUCCUUGGUACGCCGCAGCCUCCGAUUUAUGGCUCACAACACACGUUAUACGACUCGAGCAGUGCAAAAUCGUACAAUCACUUUUCGAAAGAUAUGGCCCGAUUGUCCGUGUCGGCCCCAACAAGGUGUUUUUCAACGAUUUAACGUCUACGAAAAGUAUCUACUCUGUGCACAAAUUCGAUAAGAGCGAGUAUUAUAAAAGUCUUGUUACGAACAACAAUGAUCAUGCCAUGACCACACUCGAACACGCACCACACUCCGUGCGUCGCAAAGGGUACGCUCCUCACUACGUCCCCGUCAACCUCGCCAAGUUUCAGCCUGAGAUGCACGAGCCUAUGCUCGAGCUUGUUAACAACGUUACCAACAUUGGCGGCAAGGCGUCGAUUGAAUGCCUUACCCUCUUCCGAAAUCUUAUGGUCGACGUUCUUGUUUCUACGUCUUAUGGUUAUCGUAUCCAUGCUGUCAAGAAAUGGGCGACUGAUAACGAGGACCCUCUGUCGACAGCUAUCAGUGACUUCCCCAAACGUGGCAUCCUGCGGAGCGUUGUUCCCUCCUGGGCUUGGAAUGUCGUCUGUCGCAUCCCUGUUGCUCGAUGGCGGCAAUUAUGUGAUUCGGACAAGAUUAUGGCUGAGUUCGUCAGCGAACGUGUUUACCAGGCUCGCACCGAAAUCAAUUCUGGCAGGCUCGACGAGUCUUCUGAGACAACCCCAUUGCUCCACCGUCUUCUCAAACACCGAUACUCCUCAACUGGCCAGAUGAUGCCCGACAGCGACAUUAUCUCCGAGGCUAUGGGACAUAUGAUUGCCGGUUCGGACACCUCUUCCAUCUCCUUGUCCUACUUCCUCUGGGAGUUGUCUCGUCGUCCUGAUGUCGCCGCAAAACUUCAAACUGAACUCGACGAGGCCAUGCCCAACGCCCACGUCAUCCCUGACAUAUCUGUUCUUCAAAGUUUACCUUACCUCAACGCGUUUAUCAAGGAAGGUCUCCGAAUUUACUCUGCGGCUCCCAGCCCUCUCGAGCGCGUUGUACCCCAGUCUUCGACGAAGUCAAGUGAAGGCUUCGACCUCAUGGGCUUCGAACUUCCCCCGGGUACCGUUGUCGCUACGCAGGCGUGGUCCAUGCACCGUAAUGAGACCAUCUUCCCUUCUCCAGACACCUUCUCGCCUGAACGUUGGCUUGAGACAGACCAGCCCGGAUCCGCCGAGCGACUGGCGCGAAUGCAACAAAAUAUGAUGCCCUUUGGCACAGGCUCGCGAGUAUGUGGUGGUCAGAAUCUAGCUCAAAUCAUGCUAAAGGUCAUGGUGGCGGCUAUGGCAAGAAAUUUUGACGUCGUCGCACCUGCUGAAACCAAUGAAAAGAGUAUGGAUAUUAAAGACAGCUUCGUUAUCUUCCCUUCCGCCAUGGAGUGCAAACUUAUCUUCAACCCUCGUUCCCUGUGA